AUGAAGUACCAUCAAAGCGCGGAAGACACUUCACCUGAGGCUUCACCUGCCGUUGGGCCAAGCAACGCUGCUCCAAACAGCAAGUUCUCUGAGUGUACACGUGAGGUCUCCGAGAAGUAUGGCCAGGCCGACGACACCGAGGCAUGCAGAAUUCAUCAAGACCAAAAUAUUGGAGGGGAAGAUGAACAGUUCCGCUCUUGA